AUGAAGUCUAUACUGGCAUUAGCUUUUGGCUUGCUCGCAGUCACGGCUGGGCAAGUCACCUUCCAGAAUUCGUCACAAACUAUCUUGCGCACGGAUUCCGGCUCCUACGGUCCAGAGAUUGAGGAAGUCCACUACUACUACGAACAAUGGCCUAUUGGUAUCGCCGUGUCAUCCACAGGCCGCAUCUUUGCAUCUUAUACUCGCGGCAACUACACGUUCACGCUCGGUGAAACAGUCAACAAGACUACUGAGCGUCCAUACCCGUCUGCGAGUCUGAACCUCCCAGUCAGCCAGCUCAACACAACCUGGAAUGGCAUCAUGUUUGGAAGCGGAAACAGCACCGGCUUAAUAUCCGUGCAGGCUGUAUACAUUACCCCAGCAAGCUCUCAGCGCCCUGAGACACUGUGGGUGGUUGACACUGGCCGGCCGACCAUCAUGGACUCGAGUGGUGCACCGACUAUGCCAUAUGCGCAACCCGGUGGACCAAAGAUCAUCGGCAUCAAUUUGGCAAACGACACAGUUUACGCAACAUACACGUUCCCUUCGUCGGUACAUUUUCCAGACUCGUACAUGAACGAUAUCCGCUUCGAUCUGCGCACGAAUGCUACACAUUCAGGACAAGGUGUGGCAUACAUUGUCGAUAGCAGUGACGAAGGACGACCAGGCUUCAUCAUGCUCGAUCUUGGAACUGGUGAAAGCUGGCGGCGACUCACCCAACAUCCAAGUGUCCUCCGUGUCGACCGCGAUGUACCCAGCUACCAAGGACGCCCUUUCUACCAGAAGACGAUCGGGAUUCCCAUCCAAACACUGCGCGAAGGUCUGGAUGGUCUGCAACUUUCGCCAGAUGGCUCUCGCCUUUACUACUCCGCGCUGACUACAAACUACCUUUACAGCAUCCCGACUGCCAAUCUCCUUGCUUCCCCGACUGAUCCCUUGGUCGAGAUCGCGGCUGCGAGCAACGUUACCAAUCACGGCCAGCGCGGUGGCAACGCCAAUGGUUUUGAGGGCGACUCAAAUGGGUUGAUCUACCAACUCAUGCCAGAGCACAACGCUAUCUACUACUACAAUCCUGAGGAUCUGCAGACGCAUCCGUUUGUGAGGGACCCUAGGAUCAUCUGGCCAGACGGUGCGAGCAUUGCUGCAGAUGGCUACAUCUACAUGAACAUCAACCAACUACCGUACCAGCCGAUGUGGAACAAUGGAACAGACUUGAGGACAUGGCCAGGUGCGGUGUUGAGGUGCAAGUUGCCAGACGAUGGGACAAAGAUCUCGACGCUGGGAUAG